AUGUGUGGCACUUGCUGUACGCACGCCAAUGUCCUGAAGGAAUUCCCUUGCACCCAUCCAUCAUCCAAACUCUACCACAUCGGUGUCUUCACCCUUUACCCCGAUGGCGUCCUUUUUCCCGGGGAGCGCGCUACCCUGGACAUCUUUCUCGCCUCCGCUCUCCGCCUAAUCUCUGCUCUUCAAACAACAGGCCUUCCCCUGCACCCCACCCCACCCUCCUGGCUCCAAGCCCCCACUAUCCCUAUCACUGACGCCUUCGCCAUUGUCUCUGACCCCAUCGCCCCGGUCGGCGCCAUCGCCGUCUUCGACCCGGACCUAACUACAGGCUCCUCCACAACGCACUAUCCCACAUUCACCCGGGUCCGCAUCCGCAUCGCCGGCCGCUUCUCCCGCGCCGCUCCCAUCCACCACCACGCCCCCUUUCCCUGUGCCCAAGUCCGCCUCAUUUGCGACUCUCACCUGCCCAGCUUGCGGGUCCCGCUCAGCGAGGACUUUCCUUACUUGAACCCCGCCCCGGCUGCGCGCAAGAGGGCCGCCAGCCGCCCUAUCAAGACCCGCGCCGCCGCCGCUGGUCUUGCUGCUGUGCGAUACGUACACAGGCGAAGGACCUCCGCCUUCAUGGGCGGGCUCGAUUACGCUCAGUGGCGCGCCUGCACCCCGCAAGUGCUCGCACACCGCGCCAGAACCCUCGCCAUGUACUCGCGCCUCGAUAUUGAUGGCAGCUUGAUCGAAUGGCGCCCAUGUCACGAGGCCUGUCCCGGUGUUUGGUCGUUCUGGCUGUGUGCUGCGCUGCCCGCAGAUACGGUAGAACGUGUUUUGCAUGAGCUGUUAGGGACGUCCUGUUUGGUCACGAGGUUGCGGUGGUUGAUUGAGUUGUUCAAGAGCCGACCGAGGAAACGGUCGAGGGCGCAGCUGGAGGAGGAUAAACCAUAUCAACCGAGUUCUAGUCGGAAAAGGACUCGCAAAUCAGUCAGGCAAGCUUUGGGGGAGGAACAACUGUUGCAGGUGAAAGCGCUGACAAAUGCAAAGGGGAAGAAGGCCGCUAUGGCUUCAUUAUUAGAUGGGCUUCGGGCUCGACCCUGGCCGUCAUCGCCGGCGAAGGGUUUUCAGCGGGUGGACCUCUCCUCUCCGGUCAAAGGAAGAUUCCGAAUAACACUGCCAUCCAUGAGUGAUACGACUCGAGUGAAAUUAAAUAGUCCUAGUAAAGAAGGUACAACAGAAAGAUAG